AUGUCAGCCGACCAAGACGGAGACAGCCAAAUGCUGUCCUCCGCCUCCAGCUCCUCCGGUCCCGCCACUCCACCUCUUAACAACCAACAGUCCGCCCACCCCACCUCCUCCACCCUCUCACCACCGGACUCCCAGCACCGCAGCAACAGCAACGCAAUGUCGAAUGCCAACGGCAAGCGCCCGCUCAACACCAUCAGCAACGGCCCCGACGAGGAGGAAAUGGUCGUCACAAGCUCAAGUCCCACGGCGCAACCGAAGGCGAGGCAGGAGUUCGCAACGAAAGUGCAUGAGCGGAGCGGGUAUAGCUGGAACAGGGUGGAGGAUGAGCCGGGGUACGCAUGGAACAACAAGAAGGCUGUGAGCGAGUUCCAUCAGGCGUGGGAUAAUCUGGUGCAGAAAGAUCAUAUGGUCAAGGGACGAUAUGGAGAUCCGUUUGAGGCUGCGGAUAGGGAGCGCGCGGUGAUGAACAGUUUGAAGCAGCAGUGA